GGCGGGCAAGAUGGCGGCCGCGCGGCGAGGGAGCGCUUCCCCCGCGCCCCUCCCCUCAGUCCUCCUGCAGGUGCUGCUCUGCCUCGGCGGCACCUACGCCGCCCUGUACGUCCUGGCCACGCUCCUGCUGAUCGCCUACAAAAGCCAGGCCUUCAGUUACCCCCAGGAUCGCCUGCUGCUGGACCUGACUCUGCUGCUGCUGACCGCGGCCCUGGAGGCAGCCCGCUGGCACUGCGGCACCAAGGGCAACCUGACGGAGACCGAGCUGCCCCUGGCUGCCAGCCUGGUCCUCACUGUGGUCAGUUCCCUGCUGUCCGUCUACUUCCUGCUCUGGCAGACCCUGGUGCUGUGGGCGGACUCGGUCCUCAGUGCCACGCUCCUGGUGCUCCACGGCCUGGAGGCCAUCCUGCAGGUGGUGGCCAUCGCUGCCUUCAUCAGCUAGCCGGGCGCCUCGAGGCCCUGGACAGCCCGGGGCCUCCGGGGGCCCGCGGCCGAGGGAAGGCAUGUUCCUGCCGGGUGCUUGGGGGCAGGACCAGGGCAGAACCAAGUGUGGGUGAUGGGGCCGGGGUGGGCUGAGUCAGGGCCUGCCCUGGGACAGACCUCGGGUGGCAGUGGGCUUCCCCUGGCACCGCCCGGCCUGGCCGGCCCCUCGAGGUGUGCCAGGCCGCACACAUUUUCUCGCUGCGGCAGCAUUCCGCACAGGUCUGCGCUCCGUGGGGCCCACACGACGGGAAACAGCGGGGGUGGGACAGGGCGUCCCGGACCCUCAGCGGCCCAGGCCGAGUCCCGGGUGGAAGAUGCUGGGAGCCGGUCAGCUCUGUGGGUGCCUGUGGGCCCCGCAGCUCCUGCCCCCGGGCUCUGGCUCAGCCACCGCUCUCCCGGCCCGGGUAGGUGACAGCCACUUCAGGGCUCAGGUGUCCUGGCCUCGGCCAUUAGAAGGCCAGUCACGUUUGCCCUGAGCGGGGCGGCUCCACGUCUGCUGUCAGCUGAUCCUCCAGUCACCCCUCCCGUGUUCCUCUGGAAUCGCAUGUGCGAGUGGGUGUGUAGUUUCUCCUCACUGUGUUUUUAAAAUAAAGAGUGUGUACACCUCC